CUUACUGCAAGAAAAGAAGCAAAUCAUGCGAGGGAGCAAAAUAGACCAUGAAACACUCUUCUCCAACCAUUAGGUGCAGUAGCACCAGCCCAUCAAGACUACAGACGUUAUCAUGGCAGCAGCGAGAUGUUAUGGUUCCUUCCAGCGUGUUGCGAUCGAAGGAAGUAACAUCGGGGCGUCAAUGUUCAUCCGACGUGGGAUCGCUGCAGCGGAGCCAGAAGAUAAUUGCUGUAUCAACAUUUACAUAAACAACAAUGUCCAAGGAGUCAUCAACUCUGUUCUACUAGGUAGUGAAGUGAGCAUGAGAGAUCCAGGGGUUAGGUUAUCUUUUAAGGAUGUUGCAUUGGAUGAACGGUGGCUGAGAUCCAAGAGAUGGUCGUGGAGAGAUUAUUCGUGUUGUGUUAUAUUGUUUUCAUUUUUCUUUCUCAUUAUGUUGCUCUUGCUGUUGUUUAUCUAAUUUACUCAGAAACUAAUAAUAUCCAUCAUCAAACUCCAC